UGAGAAUUAGCCUUUAAUUCAUGGACACUGAUUUCUAUCUAUUUCAUAUAUUGUGAUCUAUGAUUAAUCAUGGCGGGUGGUUUAUUGAAAAGGUUAUCUCAUGCAUUUAAAGUAUUUGACGAAGCAGUUGAUAUUAUUUUGGGUCGAGGUUUUCCGCCAGGUAGUUUAUGUGUGAUUGAUUGUAAUAAUAUUAUAAACCGAUCCCAUCCUACAAAUUUGCCCGAACGAUCUUUAAAAGACAUUUUAAACGAUUCUUUUUUGUGGGCUGUACCUAAGAAACGUCGUACUAUAGAAAAACGACUCAACAGAAGAUUUGGUUGGCCUAAUUAUAUAUGGAAACCACAUGUUCCUAAAACGAAUAUUUUGAUGUGUAGACGAUGUGGUCAUCAUUAUGAAGCUGGUUUACUUUGUGGAUAUUGUUAUGAAAUAGUAAAAACUGAAACAAAAGAAAUGAUGGAAGCUAUAAAAAAAGAAUUGGGAAUUGAACCAGUGGAACAAAAUGUUAUAGUAUUAUACGAAGGAGAGAAAGAAAAACUGAAAGAGGAAUUUUGGAAGACACAGAGAAUUGUUGAAUUACCUAAGAAGAGACCUGAAUGGUUUAAUUCGAACUUACUUCAGCCAACUAUGCAAGAACCAUCUGAGGAAAAAGAUGUAAAACUUGUAAAUACACCUAUAAUUGUAGAUAAAGAAUAAGUAGCAUCAGCAAGGUACUUCUGUUUAUAUCCAAUUUAGUUAUAGGAAACAAAUAAAUUUGAAAAACAUUACACCUAUAUUAAAAGUAAAAUAUUCACCAUCCUUAUUUUAUUUUUAAAGUGUAGGAUUAUUACAAUAACUUUAUUAUCUUAAUUCUCCGUUAUCAUCACAGCUUAAAAACAAAAAAAUACAUGUCAUA